UGGAAAAAUUGGAUUUUUGGGAAGCUAGCUCUCGAUUUCAUUUCUUCCGAACCCUAGCUCUAAUUAUCUCGUUCAGCGUCUUCUUCUCGUUUUCGAGAUAUUCGGUCGCCAUUGAUUCGCAUUUGGCAAGAUGGAAAGCACUAGAUCAGACCCAGAGCUUGAUGACGACUUCAGUGAAAUCUACAAGGAGUACACAGGUCCUCCAGGCACUGUGACCAACAACAUCCAAGAAAAGGAAAAACCUAUCAAACGGCCUGAAGAUGGGUGUGAUGAAGAAGAGCAACUCCCUGACCCCAAUUCUGUACCAACCGAUUUCACUAGCCGAGAGGCUAAGGUUUGGGAGGCUAAAUCCAAAGCUACUGAGAGGAACUGGAAGAAGAGGAAAGAAGAAGAAAUGAUCUGUAAAAUAUGUGGCGAGUCUGGUCAUUUUACUCAGGGAUGUCCAUCGACACUUGGUGCUUCUCAAGAAUUCCUUGAAAGGGUUCCGGCUAGGGACAAGAAUGUAAGAGUUUUGUUUACUGAGAAAGUUAUCGAGAGGAUUGAAAGGGAGACCGGCUGCAAGAUCAAAAUGGAUGAGAAGUUCAUAAUUGUUAGUGGCAAGGACAGGUUGAUCUUGAGGAAAGGUGUUGAUGCUGUUCACAAGGUUAAGGAGGAUGGCGAUGUUAAAACUUCUUCUGCCUCAGCCUCUCACAGGAGCAGAUCCAGGUCACCUAGACGAACUUCUGUUGGUCCACCACGUGCUCGAAACUCUGAACCUCUAAGACAGCACCUCCCAUCACAUGCUUCAUCCAGUUUCUCAGAGCGCUCUGGAAGGCAGGAUAAGUUUGUGGAUAAUCGCGUGCGCGAAGAGAAUCGUGUUCGUGAGAACCUGCGAAAUGCUUCCCGAGGAUCUCCACAAGCCAAAGCUUAUGGUAGUGAGAGAGCUCGGAGUCGUUCCACACAUUCGAAAUCUCCAGGGCGGCCACGUUAUAGUGGAUGGGAUAAACCGUAUGAUAGGCAAAAACCUGAGGUGAGUGGUUAUAGGUCUGAAAGAUGGGAUCAAGAGAGAAUGGGCGGCUCCAGCGACAUUCAGGUGAGUCAUCAGUUUGAACGCCCUGCUUUCCCACAGACUUUAGAAGAACUAGAACUGGAAUAUACGAGGGAGGCAAUGGAGCUUGAAAAGAAGCGCGACAAGGAAGAAGAUGCGGAGAAUAACAAGCAUAGAGAGACGAUACGGGAACUGAGAGAGGGUUACGUGAAGAAACUGGGUGGGCUAAGGGGUAUGAACGCUAAACAAUGGGAAGAGUUCCUUGAAGUCGAUGCUCAGAGACGCCAGCAGCAAGCACGGCAGCAAAUCUCUGGUCUGGGUUAUGGUAGUAACUAUAGACAGUUUCCUUAUGAUGAUGGUUACUCUGCGAAUCCUCCUCCCUAUGGUGGAAACAAUGUGCCAAUGGAAUCUGAAGGCAGAUAUCCAAACCAUGUAAAAAACUAUCCCUCAAGGCAUCAAGACAACAGUUACGGUACUGGCUUCCAACGCCAGAGACGCGAGGACUAUGGGAAAGCCUACAAUCGUUAUUAGACCACUGUUGUCAGAUCUUGUUUGGGUCUGAUGGAUCUGGGUAACGACGAACAAGUCAAAUAUCACCUCCACAUCUGAUCUUUGGCUGUACAAUCCGCAACCAAGGUUCAAUGUUCCUUACUGCUGGGCAAUGUUGAAUACUGCUAGCUCUUCCUUUUGGGUUUGUCUUUUUACAUUCUAAAGAUAUUUUGCCUAAGAGUAGUGGUAAAAAACCAUUUCAUUGUACUCAUAUUUCAGCCUUUAAACAGAUUACUUUAUUUAAGAUCUGUUUCAACUGGGCAUCUCUUUUGGUUUUGUCAAAAUGGUUUCUGUCUGGAUAUGGUAUCCAGAGUUCUUAGCUUUCCCAGAGCUCACAUCAGAGUAGCACUAAAGUGAUGACAAUAAAGCCUCGUGAAUCUAAAAGGGUCUCAUUCAUACAAGAUUCGUGUCUUUUGACGCAUCCUCUGAGCUAAUAGCCUAAUAAUAAACAAAACCCUGAUGAAAUUGGAGAGUGAGUGUGGUUUGACCCUCUGUUGAGGUCGGACCAGCCACUUGGAACCUGACCAGCAAGACGUGUCAUCAGAUUCCAGAGACCUCAAUGAUAUCACAUCUCUGUUUUUCUUUUCGUUAUCUUCUUCAACUUCACUCUUUUGUUUUAAACUUUCAAAUCUUCGGUCUUUUCUUUUCAUGUGUAUCAGACUGUUUUUUUUUUUU